UAUUGCGGCAUUAUUGUCAGGGUUCAGCAGGCAGAUACGAAACGUGCAAGAGAACGUCGUUAUGCGCAUGUCUGUUUCUACAAUGAAGCGCUUUUCGCCUGCCCUGGAUGUCUAAUUAAAGUGGUUCUUGCUUAGCUACUAAAAGUGGCUGCAUGACCCAAAGUUAUCAGAAGUUAGUUCCAUCUCACCUGAGAAAGCUCCUAGUUGCUCCUGAUUAGCAGCACGCGAGUUCAUUGAUUUCCUCAACUUUUCUCAGUAGCCACCCGCCCACCCGAUCUCGAUCGAUCCGCAAGUCCAACUCUCGAUUUACUCGUAUUCUUCGUCUGAAAAAAGGGGGACAGUGUCAUAAUGGAAUCGGCGCCGACAAUCACAAUGACCACAGGAGCCCGGCAGAGAUCUUUGAAGUGUGAGCCCGCAGAUUGUGACGCCAACGGGAAUGUGCCGUUCAUGAAAUCGGCGAACAUGACUGUGUCUCCGUUGGUGAAAGAUGGGGAGGGUUUCACGACGAACGGUCAUUUAAUUCAUACAGGGUACUGUGAAAAUGGAGACAGUAAGCACCCCGGAGGCAGGCUCGUGAACGGAACGGCAUCCAAUGGCAGCAUCCCGCAUCACGCGGUAAACGGGGAAACCCCGAGGAAAGCACCACCAUCGUCAUCAUCGUCAACAAUCUCGUCAUCGUCGACGAAACACGGGUUUCCGGUCAGCAUCAAACUCUUGAUGACGGCUGCGUCCGGCGUCGUCUUCGGCUUCGCGAUGGAGAAAGGAAGGGUUUUCGAGCCUUACAACAUCCGAGGCCAGAUGCUCUUCCAGAAUUUCGUCAUGCUAAAGAUGUUCCUUUCAGCCAUCGUCGCAAGCAUCGUUUGGUUUAGCAUCCUUUCGCUGCUUCCCUUCACGGCAUCCAAGUUCCAGUCAGCACGCAAUAAUCUAGGAUGUCGGAUGAACAGCAAAGGGAUGGCAGCGGCCGCUAUCGGCGGUGCUAUGUUGGGCAUUGGCAUGGCCUUGUCAGGAGCAUGUCCGGGAGCUGUUUUGAUUGAAGUAGGAGCUGGUGUCCAACAUGCAGGUAUGACGUUCAUCGGUUGCUUGGUUGGUGCAGUGCUGUACGGAAUUACAGAAGAAUAUGUCAAUAACUUGAUCAGACCUUCCAAGCAGAUAACAGUGAAAAAGUUAGAUGAACAUGUUGGUGUGCCAUACAUCAUCUUCGCCUUGCCAGUAGCCCUGGUCAUCAUGUUAGCCCUGGUCCUAAUCGAGUACCUGGCCCCAUGGCAGACCGAGCUUACAAGCCCUAACACGAGUGAUGAACUGACCGGAUUGAUUGAUUUUAUUUCGCUUAGGUCAUGGCCACCUGUUUUGGCUGGCAUGCUGGUUGGGUGUCUCCAGCUGCCCAUCGUCCUGGCUGUGGAUGAACCAAUAGGUGGCAGUAGAGGAUAUUGCACCUUGGUAUCUCAGGUGAUUCCUAUGAGUUUCCUUGAGAGGUUCUCACCUUAUCUCAAGGCAUCAAGGACAGGCCUUAAGAAUUGGUGGCAGGUCCUGUACAUCACAUCAGCGAUUGGUGGUGCGGCAGCCUCAGCUCUUUCCUCUGGUACAUGGUCCUCAACGGUGGGAGUACCUCCCCUACAUGCACUGCUGGGCGGUGUGAUCAUGAUCUAUGGCUCCAGAUUGGCAGGAGGAUGUACGAGUGGUCAUGGUCUCUCUGGCAUCGGUUCUCUCUCAAUCUUAUCUUUCAUUGCUAUUCCAGCCAUGUUUGCUGGAGGCAUCGCUACAGCAAUUACCAUGACAACCCUCGGUAUCUACUGAACAGCACCCAUACCGCAGUCUUCAUCUUUUUUCUGACAAAAUUUUAUACUUGAUUAAAAAAUAAUUUCUUUAAAUCUCAAGAAAGACGUGAUUUUUUUUUCAACAAUGCUGCAUCCUAAGAUUUACCUCAUGUAACUGUUUAAGAAAUAAUAGUGUCAGACUUUCACAUAAAAUAUGGCGAGUCCUAUGGGAUGAGAGUCUGGCAGUUUUACUUGAAAGGUAGACAAAUUUGCUGAUAGAAAAAUGUUGCUGCAUGUUCAUUGCAUUUACUAUUUAUUUAUUUAUUAAACACUAACUCAGACAAAAAUCUGUUGAUAUACUAUUCAUCAAACUAAUUAAUUUCAUCAGUCAAAGUAGAUGUAUUCAAAAGACCAUAAUGGAAAUUCAAGAGGUAGAGAUUCAGGUGAUACAACGUCAGGUUAUGAAUUAUGAAUUGAUUUGCACAUUUUAAUACCUCUAACAAAAUGAAAUAGGGCAACGUAGUCACCAGUCCUGUUUAAGUAGAAUCCGCAUCAAUUAUAGUAUCUCUGAGAAGUCAUUAGAAUUGAUAACGAAGUUAUGAGAAUGUUUAAGAAUACUUUUUUGCCUUAAUAUGAGUAAUAUAAUUCAGUUCACAAGUGCCUUAAGAAAACUAAUAUAUUCGUAAAGUGUAUAAUACUGUAUGUAUUGAAUUAUUUCUUCUCUUUUAAUUUUUUUUGCUGCAUUGUUGCAUAUUCAGAGUAUACAUGUAUAUGUGUGUAUAUAUUUAUGUAUAUAGAAGCUUAUGCCAAGAAGCCAACUCCAAGAUUUAUGGAUGAUUUGCAAUUUUACUUGGAGUUUUAUCUUUUAAUUGAUCAUGAUGAUGGUCAGUUCUGUCUCCCACCGAAUGUGUAUAAACUCUUGCAUUAUUCAUUUUGACAGGCAAAAAUUACAAAUUAUUUUAGAUAUGCGCCACUGUAAAUAUGAUUAAUAUUAGAUUUGCAUGACAGAAAGAAUUGGAACUGCGACUUAAUGUAUAUAGUAUGAAGAAUGAAUAUUAGUGAGAUUUCAUCUUGUAACUGGACAGGUUGCUACCUCGAUAUACAAGGACUAUGUGGUGAUAUUAACAGUACUAUUAGGAGUCAGGCAUCAAUGAAAUGGAAAGAAUUUGGCACUGGUGGUGAGAAGUCCUGAAUGUUUCAAGAGAAGUGAAAUAUAACAUAAAUUCAUGUACAUUCAAGAUGAGAAAUAUACAGUAAUAAACCAAAUAGAUGACUGAUGAUCAUGCAGGCAUUUUAUGGGCUUUAUGUUCAAGUUUGUUAAAGUAAAUCAUACAAAUAUAUAAUCGUUGACUGAUGUCCAAUUCAAGCGUGUCUCAACAUACAAAUUCAAGUUCUUGAAAAACACAUUUUGAUUUGCAAUAACCAACUCCCCCCACAAAAAAAAUAUUCAUAAGACACAACAAUCUGUAUAAAAUUUAUCUUGAAAUUAUUCCUUUUAUCUGAAAAUUGUAAAACUUGGCUUAAACUCACAACCUUACAAUGCAUACUGCUAUGCUGCAAGAUAUUUCUAAACAUAUUAUGCUGCAGUUUGUUUUGAAAUUGAUUUGUUGUUCCUUGAUGGUUCUCCUCAUAAUUAUUGUCCAAAACAAUUUUGUAAAUCAUUUUCUAAUUUGAAAUAAGGAGAAAUGCCAUUUGUAUUGUGUCUAUACUCUAUUGUGUCUAUACUAUAAUCUAUACAUGAUUGAAAAUAUGACAUGGAGUAUCUAUCUGAACAAGACAACUCUAUAAAUCUUCAAAUGAAUUUGCAAGUUAUGGAUUGGUAUUACAUAUCUAUAUCAGUGCCUGACAUGAUGUAUUCGGCUCAUGUAUGCUCUAAAAUGCAAAUGUCUAUUGCACUAAAAUAAUUUGGUAGCUUGAGCCUUUGAUUGAAAAUUAUAUUUUUGAAAAUAUUUUGUAGACAUUUUAUCUUAAGGUUCACUGUGAUGCUGGAAUUAGAUUUAAGUCUCAUCUUAUUAUUUUUCAUUAUUCAGUUCAUCAUAUUACUAAAAUAUGCUAUUGUCAUCUCGUAGAUAAGCCCAUAAUUAGUCCCAGCUUUGAGUAAAUGCAUAUUUGCCAGAUGGACUUUUUAUCGUGUUUUGUAAAUUUUUCUUUAAACCAGAACAAUGAUUAUCCACCUAAACUUUACCUCAAAUUUAUAUAAACUUCUACUGUUGUGGUGUAUAUUCUGAUAAAAACAUAAUAUAUGUUAAUUUAUGUUACAUUUACGUUUGUUGAUGAAGGUGUCGUUGGUUGAAUGUUUUAUACUUCUCGAUUGAUGUUUAUACAUUGAAAUUUUAUAUAAUCGAUAUUGUGAUUUGUAUUUGAAAGAGAUGUAUUCAGGUAAUAUGUGCUUAGGUGACUACAAGUUGCCAGUUGGUCUACAUGUAUAUCUGCUUUGUCUACUUUACAUUUGGUUUCAUCCCAUAUGGUCUAAUACUGGUACGUCUACAAUUAGUCUACUAACCAUUUGGUCUAUUAACUGGCCUAAUUUAGCCAACCUACCACUUUUUAUCUAAUAUCUAGUUAGAAUAGACCCACUUUGUCUAAUACCCACUUGGUCUAAUACCACUUCGUCUACAAGGUUAGAUGAACUGUAUUAUGAACAACAUUUUCACAAAGUGAAAUAUACUAUUUUUUAAUUUGUAAAGAGUAAACAAUGAUAAUUUAGAUGAAGUGGAAAAUUAGACCAAGUGGCAUUAGACUAAAUGAGAAUUACAAAUAGACUACAUGGGUAUUAGACGGAAUGUACUGUAGACCAUACAGAAAUUAGAUCAAAUUGAAAGUGGACCAAAUGGGAAUAGCCCAUGUGGUAUUAGACUAUCUGGGAAGAAGACCAAGUGCUUUUAGACCAAUAUAUACCCAUGUGCUUGGUGACAUGUGGCACCAGCAUUUUGUUACAAGACCAUACCGAGUACAUGUAAUAUUACAUAAAUAAAGGAACAUCAUAAUAUGCAAUCUAUUUCUUGAACCUGACUGUUGUAUUCGGUAUUCGAGUCACAUUCAUUCAGCAUUUGUAUGAUGUCACGAAGCUCAAAUCUUGAAAUGAAGUACUUUUUUUUACUUUCUCCUUCCUUUCCUCCUUUUGAAUUAAUUUUUACCUUUGUCUGUUCUUCUUUCAUUCUCUAUCUCUUUCAUUCUUUCUCUCCUAUAAGAUCUUUAUGUUCAAACCUGGUAGAUGUUUAAUAAAGCUGUUCGUUAAGUUACGCAGGACUUUACGCAUGACUGGAAUAUGUUCUCAGGUACUAAGGCAGUUACAAAGGGAUAUACCAUUAAGCAGAAAAAAAAGGAUCACUAGUCGUGCAGAGAGUCAUUCGUAACUUAUGGAAAGCUUUACGAAACACCCAACUGCUCUCUUGAACUGCACUUUGCAUACACAUGUUAGUCAUUUAUCUGCAAUUUGUUUCAUCUCCUUUUCCACGACAUGUACUGCCACUUCUAGCCGUAAAACAAGCUACGUCUCAUAGUCUCCUUGAAAAUUCUUUAUGAACAUCACACGAGAUUAAAGAGAAAAUGGAGACAAAUGUUUGUCAAUCAUCAAGACACUUCAUUGAAUUCACCGAUGUACAUUUCACACACAUGACAUUAGCAUCAUUAAAAACAUACAAAUCCUUUCAACCUCGAUUACAAUACUGUAUAUAUGAAGAGGACUGUUUGUUUAAAAGGGAGAAAAACAGAGAGAGAGA